GAGUGAGAAGAGAAGACUACAACAGAUCAUCUUCAUCAGCUUAUAGAGGUAUUGAUGAGAUGAAUUGAGAUUUGUGGUUGUGACUUUUGAAUGAAGUGAAAUGUCAGUGUGUGUUGAGGUCACUGAUGAUGCGUGCGUGUGUGUUUAUUCCAGUUUCAGCACAACAACAAACCAAAAGAAAAACUCUCUCUCUCUCUCUGUGUGUGUGUGUGUGUGUGUGUAGCACACCAGUGAGGUUGACAGCAUCAGUGAGGGAUUCCCCACAUCAUCCGUGAGUACAGUAUAAAGCCAUCACACUCUUGCUAGAACACACACUCUGACCUGACGACACACACCAUGAAGAUCUGCGCUGUGUUGUGUGUAGUUGUGGCUCUUGCGCUGGGUUCUCCGGUUCCUCUGAACACACACUCGUGUCGGUGCGCCAGCUCUGCCAGAUCUCUGCUCUCCAGCCUCACACACAUCAUGGAGAAGGAGGGGAAGAUGGAGCAUCAGGAUCUGUUUGCUGGGUUUAACUGCACUGAUCUGGAGGCUCAGAUGAUUCCUCACACUCAGACCGGCUCUGUCUGUCAGCCCAGCGCCUCGGAUGAUGCCAUGUCCUGCUCCAGCCAGAGGACCUCCUCUUUCAACGAGGAGGAGUGUUUGAGGAACAUCAGAGGAGAUCUGCACUAUUAUAAGCUCCUGCUGAACUCCUACAAGCCCACAGCGAGUGAUCUGAGUCCGGUCCAGACGGCCACCACUGACCUCGAGGAGUGCUUGACAGCAGACAGAGCUGCCGCUGCUGGAGAGCUUCCUCAGUGGCGCGUGUGGAGCGAGCCGUCCUUCGAUGACCGCGUGACCCUGUGUAAAACACUGAAGGGCUUCCACGUGCGGGCCAUCACCAUGAACAGAGCGCUCGCAUACAUCGGCUCUGGAGACCACAGGAAGUGAUGUC